GGGGGGUGGGGAAGGGAGGGAGCAAUUGAAUUUCAAACACAAACAACUGCACGGGGCACCGACCCGUCUCCCGGGAGCCAACCUGCUGCUAGCACCACCUGGGCGCCGCUGGCUCCUGCUCCCCCCCCACCCCCGCCCCCAGGCCGCUUGCUCUCCGGAGGGGUGGGGGAGAGCUGCCUGCCUGCCGGAUCGCUGGGCUUUGCCUCCAAACUUCACCCUCCCGCCCCCCCCGACGCACACCUAAGCCCCCACUUUCCAGCAGCCUGGCGCUCAAGGCGAAGAUGUCCCGGUCCAACAGGCAGAGGGAGUACAAAUGCGGGGACCUGGUGUUUGCCAAGAUGAAGGGUUACCCCCACUGGCCUGCUAGGAUCGACGAGAUGCCAGAAGCCGCCGUCAAAUCCUCCUCCAAUAAAUACCAAGUCUUCUUCUUCGGGACCCAUGAAACGGCGUUUCUGGGCCCCAAAGACCUCUUCCCCUAUGAAGAGUGCAAGGAGAAGUUCGGGAAGCCCAACAAGCGGAAAGGGUUCAGCGAAGGCUUGUGGGAGAUCGAGAACAACCCGACCGUCAAAGCCUCUGGGUAUCAGCCCACCCAGAAGAAGAGCUGCCCACAGGAUGCGGAGCCUGAGCAGGAGCCGGAGGGCGACGGGGAGAAGAAAGGCAACGCGGAGGGCAGCAGUGACGAGGAGGGCAAGCUGGUGAUCGACGAGCAAAGCAAGGAGAAGAACGAGAAGGCUGGGAUCAAGAGGAAAGCGGAAGAUGCCUUGGAGGACUCCCCUAAACGCGCCAAAGAGGCGGAGGGCCAGGAAGGGGAGAAGAAAGUAGAGAACGAAGAAGCCCCCAAGGAGGGAGAGAAACAGAAGCCCAGCCCCCCCGAAGGGGAGAAAGAGAAGAACAGCGACCCCGCUGGAGUCCCGGACGCGAGAGAGGCCAAGCCAGAGGGGAAGGAGAAAGCCGCCGCGGAGGAAAUCAGAGAUCACAAGGAGAGUCUGUAGCUGGCCGGCCUUCCCAAGCUGAGCUGAUCGUCUGGGCUGUUCCUUUCCCGCUGGGCUCCCUGGGUGCUAAACAGUUUCGUUCCUCGUCGGCUCGUCGCAUCUGCAAUUUGGGAAGAAAGAAAUAAAAAGAAACCAGUAACACAAACCAUCCCGUCCCCCGUCCCCUGUCCCCGCCCACCCGUAGCAGGGCGCAUGCUUGUAAUAGUGAUUUCUAGGGGGCGCUGAUCAGUUGAUUUGAAAUAAAAGCGAUUCAUGCCUUUUUAAAA